GGAAACCGGUCACAUGACCUUAGCGCAGGAAGUGAUUGGGUAGCUGCCGCGCGCGUCACAGGUCACGGGGUCCGGACUGCUCCACAAACAAACGGGAGAAACUGGAGGGAGAUUCAAAAUGGGGGUCUAGAAGCGGGCAUGUGGCGCCCUCGUAGCAAUGACGCAGGGGGCGGAGCUCAGCCGGGACUGGCUGGAGCUGCAGAGGGAGCUACAGAACUCUCUAGAAGCUCAGAAGAGGCAGGCGGUCCUGGUGGAGAAAUUACAGGCAAAGGUUGUACAAUACAGAAAUCGCUACCAGGACCUGCAGCAGAGCCAGGAACUAAGUCUGAGCCAUGGAGAACUGGAGAUGGAGAAAGCCCUCAGAAAGCUGGAAGAAGAACAGCAAAGAAGCACCAGUCUGGCGGCAGUAAAUUCCCUUCUCAGGGAAGAGUUGGUCCAGACACAAGAGUCUAAUAAUCUGCUGGGGGAAGACAUUCACAAGCUGACCGCCGACUGGUCCAGCGCCAUACUGGAACUGGAGAGAAAGGACAAAGAAUGGCGAGCUGAGAGGGAGGUUUAUAGAGGUCACAUACAGGGAGAGCACGGCCGCCUGCUGAAGCUGUGGACAGAAGUUGUGACUUUUCAUCGUCAUUUUAAGGAACUAAAGACGGCAACAGAAAGGGAUUUAUCUGAGUUGCGGGCUGAAUGGACUAGAUGUAUCUGCCUUCUCCAAACUUCAUGUUCCUCUGUUAUAUCAUGGAGGCCACAAGAUCCAGUAAAAGUGACGGAGCCACCAAAGUACCUGCUGGUCACCUGGGGUCAUGGAAUAGAAUCAAUAGAGGUGGCAGAACAGGAGAAAAGCGCAGCAGUGAAGGAAGAACGUUCCAAAAGAGAUUCAAGUGGACGAAGGGAGGAGUCAUUGAAAUCACAAAUCGAGGCAUUACAAUUGGAAGCAGAAAGUAAAACCUCAUAUGAGAAGACACUAGAGGAGGAGCUGAAAUCCCUUAGGUCUCAGUUUGUGGCAGCAGAACAAGAAGCCAAGUUGUUAAAGUUUCAGCUGGUGACAGCAGAGCAAGAAGUAAGCACAAUAAGGUUGUAUCUGGAGACAGCAGAAGAAGAAGCAAGCACAAUGAGGGUGCAGCUGGGGGAAGCGCAACAGGAAGCAGAUAUCAUGAAGACAGAGCUGCAGGAAUCACAACAAGAAGCAAACACAAUGAGGGCGCAGCUGGGGGAAGCACAACAAGAAGCAAGCACAAUGAGGGCGCAGCUGGGGGAAGCACAACAAGAAGCAAGCACAAUGAGGGCGCAGCUGGGGGAAGCACAACAAGAAGCAAGCAUGAUGAGGAACCAACUGGGGGAAACGCAACAGGAAGCGAGCAUGAUGAGGACGCAGCUAGAGGAAGCGCAACAGGAAGCCAGCAUUAUAAGAAUGAAGCUGGAAGAAGCGCAACAAGACGCAAGCAUGAAGACACAGCUGGAGGAAGCGCAACAGGGAGCAAGCAUGAUGAGGACACAUUUGGGGACAGCGGAGCAGGAUACGAACAUGACAGGGUCAUUUACAUUACAAGAGACCGGUGUGAUGACCUCACCACUAGAGACAACUUUUCCAGGGGCUUUGUUACCAAUGCUCGAAUCAACUCAGCUGAUGACAUCACUACCUCUUGAAACUAGCAAGAUGAUGUCAAUGUUGGAGACAUCCCGGGAAACCAGUACAAAAAGAUCAGGAGAGGAAGUGGACUCAAUGGAGAUUUCCCAUAAGAAUACAUUAGACGACAACAGACAGUCAAGAUCACAAUUCUUAAUAUCAAAAGGAGUCGCACUGAGGUCACAUCAAGAAUCGUCAACGUCAGAGAUAGGGUCACUGACCGCAAAGGUUCAAGAAUGUGAGAAGGAAAUACAUUUAUUGACAGUGCAACUGGAGGCGUCACGGUAUGAAGUGUGUUCCCUGGAGUUAAAGGUACAGCUUUCUGCACAGGAAGUGGAAUCCUACAGAGGACAUGUUGGAAAGUUGAAACAGGAAGUAAAGUCUUUGAGGUCAGAGCUGCAGGAGCGCUCCGAAGAUGCCGAGUCCCUGAGGUCAAGCCUGAUGACCCAUGAAAUGGUAGAAGAGUCUCCACUUCACAGUGUGGAGCAGGAGCUGCGGGACAGUCAUCGGCGGUCUCUUGAUGCUGUAGAGUCAGAACGCUCCAAUCUACUCCAUGACCUAUUGCUGCUACGGGAAGAUCUGCUGCGCUCUCGUCUUGAGGCCGACUUGUCUCGGGAUGAAAGGAGCGGCUUACAGAGCGCUCUCCACAAGACAGAAAAGCAGAUGGCAGAGCUGCUGGUGGAGCAGAGCCGGCACAAGGCUGAGGUGGACAAUCUUCAAGAUGCACUAGCUAAGAUGGGAGACUUGAAUCGAGCUUUGUCUUUAGAUAAGGUGCAAUUGAAUAGCCUCCUGCAGCAGAAGGAAAUAGAGCUGGAGACUACCAGAGAGAUACUACAGGAAUCACAGAAGGAGCUGAUGGCGGCCGAGCAGCGCACGCAGCAAUGUGAGGAGGAGCGGUCACACCAGAGAGCGGAGCUCGCCAAGAGACAGCUCCUGUUGCAAGACUGUGAAGUAGCAAGAGACAGCCUGGAAACGGAGCUAUCCUACACCCGGGGGGAGAGAGAGAGACUGCAGGCUGAGCUUAAACAGGAAAGCGAAAACCAGCAGAAAGAGCAGGACAAGUUAUUGCAAGACGCUGAAGCCUUGAGUCGGGAGAGGUCCACACUCAACAUACAACUUGAAAUCAGUGAGAGGGAGCGUCUGGAACUCACAGAAAAGCUAAAGGACCUUCAGAGCAUAAAACAGUCUCUGGAGAAUUCAGUCUUCACAUCUCAGGAUCGGUCAUCUCAGCUGGACAUUAGAUGCGGCCAACUAGAACUGGAAGUCCAAACGAUCACUCAGUCCAAGAAAACUGUCCAGGAUGAGCUUUCGCUCUUAUAUGCUGAGCAGGACGCUUUGCAGAAGAGAUGUUUCGCUCUUUCUCAGAGGGUGUCUGACUUGGAAGAGGAGAAUGAGGCCGAAAGAGUUCAGAGAGUGCAGCUGGAGUUGAACUUGGAAGUGUUAAACGCCCUGAGAGACCGCAUGGAGCAAGAAAAGAGUCUGAAACAGGUCGCUGAAGAGCGGAUAGAGGCACUGGAAAGAGUGAAGCAGAAUACUGUGACAGUACAGACUGAGCUGGAAAAUGUAACCAACUUACAGAAGCAACUGGAAAAAGAAGUUUCUGAGCUCAGGGACAACUUUAAAAAGUGUCUCUCCGAGAAAGAAGCAACUUUGGAAAACUUAGAACGCCAGGCCCUUUUGAAACUCGAACAGGAUCGUGAAAUGGAGUUCAUUAAACAGACUUUGAUAGAAUGUCAAGAAGAAAAAGAGAGAGCUCUCGCUGCACUGUCAACUCAAGAAGAUAACCUAGAAGAGAUAGAGAGGCAGAUUACAGAACUCCGAGAGAACAUUCAGGAGUGCAAUGGAGAGAAGGAGACUGCUUUAACCUCAGCAGCUGAACUUCAGUUGACCAUACAAGAACGAGAACGCGAAAUAAAGACUUAUAGAGAGAACAUUGCGCAGCUUCAACACGAUAAAGAGUCAGUGGUCGCUGAGUUACAGCAACAGAUCCAAAGUUUCGAGGAGACCGAGAAGCAAAUGACAAUCUUAGCUAGGCGUCUUAAAGAGUGUGAGGUACAGAAAGAGCUUGCACUGAACGCAGAACACCACAGUCAUCUGGUUAUAGAAGAGAAGGAGCAAGAAAUUGAUAUGUUGAAUAAAAAGUUGAAUGUCCUUCGAGAAGAGAAGGAGUCCUACUUUGAGCAGUUGUCUAAUAUGACUACUGAGGCUGAGCAGAUACGGUCAGCUCUAAGGGAUCAACUCAGACAGUGUCAAGAAGACCGAGAAACCAAGGUCAAUGCAUUGUUGCAAAAUAUAGCAGAGCUGAAAGAAGAGUUAGAGACGUUGACAGAUAGUCUAAAGGACCAGCAGGCCGAGAGGGAGAGCGCACUUGAAGAAGUAACCCAUCAAACCAUCAUGCUAAGAGAGAGAGACUCUCUGGUUGAAUCUUUACGAUGUAGAAUUGUGGAGAUUGAGAUAAAGAAAGACCAGCUGGCUGCGAAUUACAGAGAGUGUGAGGAAAAUGUAGCAACAUUAAAAGAGACUAUUCAAACGCAUAUAGAAGAAGAGGAGAAGUUAUCUAGCUUGUUGCAGUCUCAGACUGAAGGGAUUAAAGAAAGAGAACGUGAAAUAAAAAUGUUAAAGGAGACCAUGUUAAAUGUUCAGAAAGAAAAAGAUAGGAUCUGUAAUGAUUUAGAGUUUCGCACCAAAACUUUGAAAGGAAGAGAUGACGCUUUUGUGGAACUAGAACAAACUCUGAGAGCGAGCCAGCAAGAAAAUGAGUUUCAUAGACUGACCGUAGAACAGCAGAAGAGAGAGAUUAUGAAUUUGGAAGAAAAGUUGCAAAGGUGUCAGCAUGACAAAUCUUUGGUAGUAGUCAGAAUGGAACAAAUAGCGUCUCAGAAGGAAUCAAUGGAGAAGCAAGCACAAAUGGAGGAAGGACUUCUGAGAGAAAAAGUGAUUGAGUAUUCUCAGGCCUUACAGGAAAAAGAACUAGAGAUUGAUGUUUUGGAGAAGAAGUAUGAGAGAGAGCGGGCAACUCUAACUACAAGACUAGAGACACUUUCAUUGUCCUUAAAAGACAAUAAGAAAGAAUUAGAAGAAAUGAGGAGACUUCAGAAAGACCAGCUGGCUGCGAAUUACAGAGAGUGUGAGGAAAAUGUAGCAACAUUUAAAGAGACUAUUCAAAUGCAUAUAGAAGAAGAGGAGAAGUUAUCUAGCUUGUUGCAGUCUCAGACUGAAGGGAUUAAAGAAAGAGAACGUGAAAUAAAAAUGUUAAAGGAGACCAUGUUAAAUGUUCAGAAAGAAAAAGAUAGGAUCUGUAAUGAUUUAGAGUUUCGCACCAAAACUUUGAAAGGAAGAGAUGACGCUUUUGUGGAACUAGAACAAACUCUGAGAGCAAGCCAGCAAGAAAAUGAGUUUCAUAGACUGACUGAAGAACAGCAGAAGAGAGAGAUUAUGAAUUUGGAAGAAAAGUUGCAAAGGUGUCAGCAUGACAAAUCUGCGGUAGUAGUCAGAAUGGAACAAAUAGCGUCUCAGAAGGAAUCAAUGGAGAAGCAAGCACAAAUGGAGGAAGGACUUCUGAGAGAAAAAGUGAUUGAGUAUUCCCAGGCCUUACAGGAAAAAGAACUAGAGAUUGAUGUUUUGGAGAAGAAGUAUGAGAGAGAGCGGGAAACUCUAACUACAAGACUAGAGACACUUUCAUUGUCCUUAAAAGACAAUAAGAAAGAAUUAGAAGAAAUGAGGAGACUUCAGAAAGAGAAUCAAGAUCUUGAGAGGAAACUUUCUGAGGUCUUGAAUGAGAGACAAUUGGUUGAGGAACAAAGGGAAAUUGACAACAAGUCUUUUAGAGAAAAGUUACAAGAUCUUUCCCAGACUUUGUUAGAGAAAGAGGCUGAAGCUGAGAGAGAGAGAAUGCAGUUAAACAGGAUUAACACCGACUUGGAUAUUAGAGUCAAAGAUUUGUUGCAUGUCCUAAAAGAAAAAGACAUUGGAGAACAAGAUAAUAUGGACAAAAUACAAACACUAAAGAUAGAACUGGAACAAGUCCAACAUUUUCUGAUAGAGACACAAAGCAAGGCAGAAUACGCCAAAAUCAAAAGUGAUACAGAGAUACUGACUCUAAAACAGCACAUUUCAGAACUGUCUCAAGCACUUGCUGACCGAGAGGUCCAGGAUGAGGAGAGAGAAGGGCACUUGAAAUCUUUGAAAGUUAGAAUGGACAAAAUGAGUCAAGAUUUGGUGGAUAAAGCUAUUGAAAAUGCAGAAGGAGAAGAGGAAAGAAAGGAACUAAAAAGAUGGGUGGCGAAACUUUCUCAGGCUGUCAUAGGAGAAAUGUCUCUGGAUCAAGAAGACGAUAAAGCUUUAACUGAUAGACUAACAUUACUUAGUAAAGCUUUGAAAGAUAGGGAACAACAAUUUGAAGAAGCACUGAUAGAGAAAAGCAGUUUGAAAGAAAGAAUAGCGAAACUUUCUCAAAGUCUUAUAGAAAAAGAACGUAAAUUAGAGGAUUCAGAACAAAAGAUAAAAUCCAUGAGGGAGAAAAUAAAAGAACUAGAGGAAGUGCUCAUAAAAAAUGAAGAUGGAAUAAGGAAUGAGGAGCUAAGGAAUGAAGAAGAGAAGUCUUCGAUGAGACAGACUGUAUCUCAGCUAUCCCGUGAUCUUUCUGAGAAGAAGAUAGAGAUAGGAGAGAAGGAAGUUGAAAUUAAAUUUCUGAAAGAUAAGAUUGGAGAAUUUAGGCAAAUCGUGAUGGAAAAGGAGCAAGUAAUACAAAAGAAGGAAAGAUUCAUUGAGCUAGAGAAAAAGUCUCAGAGCAAGAGAAUAUCAGAACUUUCUCAAGCUUUAACAGAAAAGGAAAGGGAGGUAGAUAAUAAAGAGUUAAAAACUAUAUAUCUCGGAGACAAGAUGGCAGAACUUAGACAGGAUUUAAUACGUCAAGAACAUGAGCUGAAAGAGGAGAUAGCAAGGAGUGAACGGGAAAAUAAAGUUCUAAGUCAAAAAGUUACAGUACUUUCCCAAAGUUUAGUAGAGAGAGGCCAAGAUGCAAAUUUUGCAGGUACAGAGAUUAAAUUGUUGAAAAGUAAAAUAAAAGAACUUGAAGAUCAGUUGGUAGAGAAAGAAAAAGAAAUGGACAAAAGAGAAAGACAGACUCUAGAAGAUAAGGAAUCUGAAAUACAGAGAUGUAUAGAACUUACCCAAUCUAUAAUAGAAAAGAGCAGAGACAUUGAUGGUAAGGAGAUGCAGAUGAAGCUUUUUAAAGAGAAAAUAGAAGAACUGAGGAAACAUCUGCAUGAAAAGGAACAAGAAUAUAAAGAUAAAGAACAGCAACAUGAGGAAGAGAGGAAAAAUCUGAGGAAAAACGUGACAGAUCUUUCUUUAUCACUAACACAAAAAGAAAGGGAAGUAGAGGAGGUUAAUUGUAUGAAAGAAACAAUAAAAGAACUUACGCAUAUGCUUGAAGAUAAGGAGCAAGACCGAAUAUCUGAGAAAAGAAAAGGUGAUGAAGAGAGGACUCUACAGCAAAGGUUGAGGGAUGUUUUGAAGGCGCAAGUCGAGAAAGAGCAGGAAUCUGAGAUUGCAAAACUUGAGGUGACAAACCUUAAAAAGAAGAUAGAGGAGCUAAGGGAAGUCAUAUUAAAGAAGGACGAUAACAUUCAGGAGGAAACUAGGGUGAGUGAAGAAGAGAAGACAUCUUUGAAGCAAAUAGUAAAAGAACUGUCUGAAGUGUUAAUAGAGAAGAAGCAAGAGGCUGCCGAGACAACGUUAGAAAGUAAACACUUAAGAGACAGGCUAGAACAAGCUAGGCAAACCUUGGUAAAUAUGGAGAAAGAGAUCGAGGAGGAAAGAAUGCAAAACAAUGAAGAGAAGAAAGUUAUGACAGAAAGAAUAAGGGCCCUGUCCCAGUCUUUGGUUGAGAAGGAGAAUGAAACAGAUAGGCGCAAGAUGGAGAUGAACUCUUAUAGUGACAAGAUAGAAGAACUUAGUCUAGUCCUGAAAACAAAAGAAGCAGUUCACAAGGCAAAUGUUGAAGAACAGAAAACAAUUGUGAGCCAGAGAGUAGAAGACCUUUCACAAAAGUUAAAGGUGAAAGAAAGAGAAGCUGAUGUUCUAAAAACAGAGCUGGCAUCUCUGAGAAAUAAAGUCUGGGAACUUAGGAACGCACUGACUUAUAAGGAACAAGUGAUUGGAGAGAAGGAAAUACAGAAUGAAUCGGAAAAAGAAACAUUACGGGAAAAAGUGGCAGAUCUUACUCGAGCUUUAGGAGUUAAAGAAAGGGAAGUAGAAGUGGUGUUGGGAAAUAUGGAAUCCUUACAAGAAAAGAUAGAACAAGUUGGACAGGCUCUGGAGGAGAAAGAAAAGAAGGAAAUAUAUGAGAAAAGAUCACAUGUGGAAGAAAAGAUGGCCAUGCAAAAUAAAAUAGUCGACCUUUCAAAAGCUCUGUCAGAGAAGGAGGAAAAGGCAGAAGGGAUGGCAGGGGAGACGACACGUCUAAGGGAACAGAUAAAACAGCUGAGACUGGAUUUGGUAGAUAAGGAACAAGUAAACAAGGUACAUGAAGAAGAGAAAAUUUUCCUAAACAACAAAAUUCUAGAACUUGUUCAGACUACAGAAGAGAAGGAGAAAGAAAUAGACAAGAUGGCUAUUGAGAAGAAUGUUUUGAAUAUGAAGAUCGGAGAACUUAGACAAGCCAUGAUGGGUGAAGACCAAGGCGUAAUGAAGAAAACCAGAGACAAUGAAGAAGACAUAACAUUUUUUAGACAUGGUCUGGAGACAAAAUACAAGGUUUUAGUGGAAACUAAGCGUAAUGCUUCACAUUUACAUGUGCAAGAAGAUGAAGCUAAAUGUAUAGCUGACAAGACAGAUGCAGAAGAAAGGAGAGAUCUGGAAGAUAAUUUACCAAAAUUUACACACGUCAAAUCAGAGAUGAAAGAGCAAAAGUCCAUAGAAGACCUAAAUAUGACCGGAAUUAGAGCGAUGCCAGAAGAGCAAUAUGAGGAACCUAUGUUUCUGGAGGUCAACUAUUUAAAGGAAGAGACAAAAAUGCAGGAGAUGUUAAUAGAAAUGAAAGCACUUCUUCAAGAGAGAGAUGAAGCUAAGAAGAGGGAAGUCGAUCUUAAACAGAAGUUGAAGAAAGCAGAAAUUGCACUGAGGCGAAUGGAGGCUGAAGAGAUUACCAUAAAGCAGAAAUUUCCUGAAUCUGAAAAGAGACUUAAAAAAGAUCCCUCAACUGCAGAAAUCACAGGCACAAAGAACGGUGACUCUCUGCAGAGGAGGCUGAAGGUCCUACAGGAAGCUGUCGCAAGGUUGGAAAAUGACAAAUCUUUAUUGGAAAACCAAACCCUACGUCUGAGUGAGACAUUACAAGAAGUGGAAAGUGAGCGAAGGAACCUGCGUAGAGAACUCCGGAAGCUCAAUGUCUCCGCAUUGGAGCAAUCAAUAGACAGAACACAAGAGGAUACCGUUGACUCUUCUACAUCUCAGCUAAGUGUAACAGAGCUACAACAACAGAUCUACUUUUUAAAGUCACAGCUGGAGACAGAACGUGGACACCGCUCCCGUUACAUACAGAAAUGUUCCCGCACCUCGGAUGACCUUAUUAACCUUAGAUACAAUCUGACUCGCUCACUGGCUGCAGUGACCUCUGACACCACGCCUCAGGUACUAGAGAGGGAGACCAUCCGCCUAGAUGACACCUUAAACCGCAGUCUUGGCCUUACGACAACCUAAAUGUCAAACAUACAGGUCUCGCUUUCUUGGAGGAAAAGGUUGGGUCAUUGACACAGUGAGGAAACGGCAAAUCCGUCCUGUGAAAUGGGUUCACCCCCGCUACCUGAAGUCCAGUGCACGAGCAGUGCGGCGGUCUGAACGGAAGUGCCGCGCCUGAUCGGUGGCCAUUUUGCAUGACCGGUUUGCAAUCAUUAUGUCUGUAUUUGUGUGUUGGCUGUUCCAGAAUUCACUUAUAGGGUGUGAUUGCGACAGGUUAUUGGUUGUUGUUGCACAGAAGAGAUUGCGCGUUUUGAGUUGAAGCGCAUAGGAUGAGUUGGAGCGGUAUUUGUGUUAAUAGAUGUGGAAAAAGGUCCAAAGGUGAUUACGAGAAUUCACAAGACUAUAACUCCAGACUGUCGUUGACUACACUUGAAUUACGUUGACCAUACUUGAACUGUGCUUAAAGGGGUACUCCACUGCCCCAGCGUUGGGAACAUUUUGUUUAGAACACUACGGGGGUCUUGAUGUC